CUGACGCUGAAGGUAUAGGGUUGCUGGAGGUUCGCAUACACCGAGAUGUCUGACAGGGAAGAAGGACAUACCUCUAGGCAACGCUUAGGAGACGACAUGUGUUGGCGCGAGGAUCGCGCCGAUGAAGAAAGUCCAUGCAUCGAGAGAAGGAGGAUCGCAAAGGCUGAAGGAGAGAAAGAGAAUGCAUCGUGUUCGAGAGCUGAAGCGAGCGAAGCGAAAGAAUAAUGAGAUCAAAAGCUAUGUACGAAUCGAACAGGAUAAAGAAACACGAACGAAGAGAAACUUCCAACUGUCCGUCGAUGAAUGAACAAAACGCGACAGGAAGGCAACAUUGAGACGCCGCGAAGGCUGCGAGCAAACGAGC